AUGAGAAGAGGGAAGAAGUCUACCAUGGCUCGGCGCUACCACCUGACCCUCCUCUCCGUCUUCUCCUUCCUGCUCCUCACCUGCUUUGUCGCUCCUCAUCUGUCCCGAGGGAAGAAAGUCGGGAAGAUAGUGACCCUGACCGUCCAGUACCCGGCCGUGGACUCACCGCCGGGCGAGAAGAUCAAGAUCUCAGCGCACUACGUUGACGAGCACGGGGGCCGCGAGCGCCACUUCAACCUCGACUGCGACGACGACGAGCCCCUCGGUUUCGGCAUGAAGUACCUUCUCUCGACCCUGGAGGGGAUACGAGAUGCGCGGGAGUCUCGAUCCCAGCUCUAG